AAUUAUAUGAAUAAAAUUCAAGAAUAUAAGAAAGAAGCGUUUUCUUUGUCCUUGGAUAAAAAAUAUGAAUAUAUAGCUCGUUACAUACGAUGUCAGAAUGCAUAUUCAGCUUGUAAAUGUAAAUUUUGGAAUAGAGCUUCAGUGCUGAUUAAACAGGAAUACAAUGAAAAUCAAAGUAACCUACUCUUAACAAAUACAAUUUGCAAAUGUGGACAUUAUCUUAAUAAUCAUGUAUCAAGUAUAAAAUCAUCUGAGAUUGACAAAUAUUUAAACAUAGCCAUUGACAUAACAAUAAUCAAAAAAUUUCUACAGGAAGAAAGAUAUGAUGACACUAAAUUAAUAUAUGAAUUAAUUCUUAAAUUUUUGCGAAUUUCCCUUUUAAAAAAUUGUGGUUCCCCAAGCCUGUCUAAAUUAUUAGGUUUUCCUCCUUAUGAGAAGCCUAGUAUUGGACAAGUUAUAGCUAACUUUAUUUUAUCAAAAUAUGGACAUUUAAGUGGAAGUGAAUGGCAGAAUAUGUAUGACACUGCUAAAAUGUUUGUGAAAGUCUUAAAACAUUGGCAAUUAGAAAACCCAAUUAACCAUUAUUUAAGAUGUCCAAAUGAUGAUAAUAAUAUAUAUAAGCAGAAUUAUACUAGGUGGGUAUGUUUAUGCUCCUUACCUAUAUUUUGCUCUAGUCUUCCUGGAUAUGAAUUAACAGUAAUAUUUGGCAAAACAUUGUUUAGAUCAAUUUAUCCUCAAGUAAAGAGAGUUAUGCUUGAUAUGUACAGGCAUGAAAAAGAAAAACUAUUGAAUUUGUCAGAGAUAAAUCAUAAUGAAAAAAAUUUAUCUACAUAUUUAAAUAUUAUCCAAAAUACAAGUAUUGAAAAUCCAGUAUUAUCACAUUUCAUUCAUUUCCCUAGAUUUCUUUCUAAUCUUGAAGCUGAAGUAUUUGAUGAUUCUUCACCAAUUUGGGCAUCUGAUUUUGUUCAUAAAGCAUCCAAUACACCGCAUUUGCUUAAUAUUUCUGAUAAUUUUAUGGAUAAUGAUGUUUAUGGUCUAUAUCAUCCAUUCCCAUUAACCAAACACAUCCUUAAAUCCAUAAAUCUCAAUGAUACAUUUGAGUUAAAAAGGUAUGUUAAGAUUUUUCCUUUUCCUGGAUUCGGAAGUUUUCGACUUCAUUCAGAUGGGCAAAGUCUAUAUGUAACUCAUUCAACAUCUAUUCCAUAUAAAAUGUCUUCAAGAAUAGAAGAGGCAAAAGAUGCGCAACGAUUAAAACGUUCUUCUACCGAGUCUAUCAUAUUAUAUGGCCCAAAGCGUGAUAAUCAUAAUAGGCCUGAUGAUAUAUUUCAAUUGCGGAAUUCAAAAAGAAAGAUAUCAUUUGAAAAGCUUAAUAUCGACGCUAAGAUUUCCAAAGCAAUAUCUCCAGAUCUCUCCUUAGAUAGAAUUCGCAAUAUUAUGUCUCAAAUGGAAAAUAAAGAGUUUUCAAUGAAUCUCUCAACUGAUUGCAAUGAAUCUUUUCAUAUUGGUUCUUCGAUGCCAAGAGACGAAAUACCUCGCAGAGAAGAAAUUUCAGAGCAAAUUAAACUGCACGUUAUAACCAAUGCAUAUGGAAAGUUUAUUGAUCAUAUUGAAAAGCAUAUAUUACGAGAAGAUUAUUUAGAAAUAUCUGACAAUAGUAAGGAUACGAUUGUAAUAAAUGCGAUGUGGUUAAUCUCCUUGCAAACUGUUUUCGCUCAUCAGCUUCCAAGAAUGCCUAAAGAAUAUAUUACCAGAGUCGUUUUCGAUCCUAAACAGACAAAUUUGGCUCUUAUUAAGGAUAACAGAGUUAUAGGGGGCAUAUGCUUCCGAAUUUUUCCACCCAAUGGAUUUUCAGAAGUUGUUUUUUGUGCCGUUCUAGGCAACGAGCAAGUCAAAGGAUAUGGUACUCAUUUAAUGAAUCAUUUAAAAGAUUAUCACCUUAGAAGAGGAGUUAUGCAUAUCAUGACAUAUGCCGAUGAAUUUGCCAUAGGAUAUUUCAAGAAACAAGGCUUUUCAUCUAAAAUCGAUUUUCCAGAAUACAUGUACUCUGGAUACAUCAAAGAAUAUGAUGGGGCCACACUUAUGCACUGUAAAUUAAAUCCUAAAAUUUUAUAUACCCAAUUUUCAUCUGUAAUUAGACUUCAAAAAGGUAUCAUUAAUUCAAUUAUUUGUAAUCGAAGGAGAAGUAAAGAUUGUUAUCCAAAUUUCAAUAUGAAUAAUAUUAAUAAUAAUUCUGUUGAUGAAAAUUUUGAAGCCAAUACAUGCGUUACUAUUUACCCAGGAUUAGGAUCUAUUUUUAGAGAUGGAAAGAAAAUAAUUCCUUACAAUAUGCUGCCAGGAUUUAAAAAUUUAGAAUAUCUUCCAAAAGAAAUGGCGAAUCAAAACGCUAUAGAGUAUGAAGAAGAUUUGACACAGCAUUACCCAGAGCCCAAUGAUUUGUAUCCUGUUUUAAAAACUAUAUUAAAUCAUUUGAAACAACAACCAACUGCUCUGCCUUUCCUCAAACCUGUCGACAGAAUUCAAGUGCCUGAUUAUUAUUCAAUCAUUCGGUUUCCUAUGGAUUUCCAUACAAUUCAAGAGAGACUUAAAAACAGGUAUUAUGUACAUAUUAAACUCUUUUCGGCAGAUGUCCGUAGAAUUUUUUAUAAUUGCCGCCUGUACAAUCGAACAGAUUCCCAGAUAUAUAAAUUCGCGAAUGCACUUGAAAAGUUUUACAACUCCAAACUACUUGAAAAUGGAUUUUUCAUAAUAGAUUAGCAAAAUUAUUUGUAUUAGUCAUUUAUAUAUAGUAUCAUAAUAUAUUAUAAAAUUAAAUACUUUUUAUAUGAUCUAUCAAUCAAUUUAUAUGGUUUUAUUAUAUGGAAGACCUAAAUCACAUAAUAUUCUAAA